GAUCAGAUCACCAUUUUUGGUGAGAGCGCCGGGAGUUGGUCGGUGUCCGCACACAUACUCUCCCCGCUAUCCAAAGGCAUAUUUAAGAGGGCUAUUAUGGAGAGCGGCGCCCAUAUGUAUAACAAGGACAGGGAUGUGGUCAACAAAACUGAGGCUUUAUCUCAGGCCAAAGCAAUUGCUAAAGGAUUGAAAUGUAAUGAAACCGAGGAUUGGAUACAAUGUCUGCGAAGAGCGGACGCCAAAGAUAUUCUGAAAUGCGAGACUCAGUUCCCAAUUAACCCGUUAUUUGAAACAGAGUUUUUACCCAUUACUGCCCAACAGGCUUUUGAUGAGAAAAAAUUUAACACAAGGUGUGAUGUAAAGACCAUGGGCAUUUGUCAUAUGAUGGACUUGCCAUUUGUGUUUGGUCUGCCACUACUUGAUCCACACCAUUACACUCCUGAAGAUAUCUUAUUCAGCAACGUUGUGAUGAAAUUAUGGACAAAUUUUGCCACUAAUGGCCAUACCGACUCUAAUUGGCCGCAACUAUUAAAUGAUGAUCCGAUGGGUACGCCUAAAGUGCACGGUUUGGAUCCAACAAACCUAACCCUCUUAUUAAAGGAUCCGUUUCAUCAAACGUGUGAUGGCGUGUGGGCUCACUAUUUCCUAUAG